AGUAACCACAUUGUCUGACCACUAUUGUGAGAAUUAUACACCAUGCCUUCAAUUUAUGAGGCACGGUAAUUGAUAUAGCUAAAUAUAGCAACUAGAGUAUUCAUAGACUUAUCCAUACAAGCGACUUCCUGUGCAUGACGGCUGUGUUUGUUUAGUUAUAUAAAAUUAGUAAAUAUGUGUUCUCACUGUAAAGUAUAAUGUGUGAGUCAGCUGAGUACAAAGCAUUCAAGGACUGUCAUAACAGUCUUCUUACUUGUAUUAAGCAGUCUCCUAAAGAUGUCUGUGAUCAUUUACUCCCUUUCGAGAUCCUAGCACCGAACGAUCGAGAUUAUCUUAAGAAUGACCACCAUGAUGAUGGUGACAAAACUCGACGAAUACUUGAUGCUGUGCUACUCCAGAUAAAAAAUGAUCCACAGGUUUUCCAUUCAUUCGUUAGUGCUCUUGAAGCAGCUGGUGGCUUUACGAAGGCUGGUGUACAAGAACUCAAGGAUGCAUUACAGAGACAACAUCAGCAGUGCGAUCAAAGUCAAAGAAUGGAAGAGAACCGCUAUGAGAACAGUCCAAUGAGCCUACUACAACCAUUACCCGGGUUAGCUGUGACUGAAGAAGCUGGGUCAGUUUUUGAGUUACCUACCAUGGACGAUGGAGAUGGAGGGACACUACUUGAUCCAUUAGAGCACCCUCCUGAUGACACUGAAGUGGGAGCGGACCUCAGAGCAGCUGCAACAAGUCGACAAGUAGCACCUACUGUUGAUUCAUUUGGAGGACGAUUGCUACAAACUUUCCAAAGUGAAGAAAUUGAACUAGUCAUUAAGCUUCUAUCCCAGGCUGAAAGUCAGUCCAUUGAUCUGAUAGGUGUGUCUGAUGCAGACGGCAAAACUCUCCUUCAUCUUGCUUGUCGCAAAAACUGGAUGGACUGGCAUGGCAUUGUGGGUAGCCUUGUCGAAAAUCACCAUUGUGAUGUUGCAGCAGUGGAUGAAGAUGGGAACACACCCCUUCAUGAGGCAUAUCAAUGUGGCAAUCUCCCAUCCGUAGAGUACCUGCUUAGCUUACCGACUUGUAAUCCUGAUGCAGUCAACAAGCACGAGUACACUGUACUGAGAAUGGCCCUUGAAAAGAAUGACAGAAAGUCUGUAAGAAAUCUUUUAGCGACAGGACGAGUCAAUCCUAGGAAAGGUAGCUCAUGUGGUCAUACAUAUCCAGAACUACUUGCAAUAAAUCAGCUUCAACCACAACCACAAAAUUACGAUGGCUCAGCUCUUCAAAUGGUGACUCAGUUUGCAAAAUGUAUGGAGAGUAGCAAAUGCAGUAUUUGCCCGCCUUUCACUUCUUAUUGCUUGCGAGAUACCCUCCAUAAAAUCUUGAAGAAUCGUAAUCAAGUUUCAAUCCCUAAAAUAGUAGAUUGUAUUAAAGAGAACAUGUUGCCUCUUCCAGCAAACCCAGACGAGAUUCAUGAUUUGCUUGUGGAUAUUCAAAGCUUGUCAGACGACUUUAACAUACGUACUAAUGAAUUAGGGGAACUUCAAGUUCAAAGAAGAGACACAGCUUUAAGAUAUGAGAGCUAUCCAGUGAGCCUGCUACAACCAUUUCCUAUGAUGUCUGGAUUUGUCAUAGCUAAUGAAACUAUAUCAGUUCUUGAGUUACCUACCAUGGGCGAUGGGGAUGGAGAGACACUACCUGAUCCAUUAGAGCACCCUCCUGAUGACGCUGAAGUGGGAGCGGACCUAAGAGCAGCUGCAACAAGUCGACAAGAAGCCCCCACUGUUGAUUCAUUUGAAGGACGAUUGCUGCAAACCUUCCAAAGUGGAGAAUUUUACCAAGCCAUUGAGAUUCUAUCUAAAGCUGAAUGUCAGUCCAUUGAUCUGAGGAGUGUGUCUGAUGCAGAUGGUAAAACACUCCUUCAUCUUGCAUGUCGCAAAGGCGGAGUGGACUGGCACCACAUCGUGUCAUUCUUAAGAUAAUCUCGAUCGUUUUAGUGCUAGAAUCUCGAAACGGAGUAAUCAAUCGCUGACAUCUUUAGGAGACUGCUUAAUACAAGUAAAAAGACUGCUGUGACAAUCCUUGAAUGCUUUGUACUCAUUUGAGUCAGACAUGAUGCUUGACAUUAAAUGAACAAUCAGCUUUUAGCAUUAGCUUUGCGAAUGAGCCCACCCCCAAUGUGAGAGCCUGAGGUGGUAUGACAACCUGACUAUUGGAGCAAAACUAUUCAUGAUCUCUUAUACCCUAUACACAACCCCUCCUGUACUAUUAAAUAUUCAUCAGCCCAAUCUCAAAGCGACUUUGUACCUCUCAAACAGCUGAUGCAUUGUGUGAUCACUGCAUAUUGCAUCAUAACCCACUCCACGCCCACACACUACCCGCCCCCACACGCUCCAUCUCAACCUCACUGCUCGUAACAAACAGCAGAGAUAUCGGCAAAUCUCGACUGGUUAAGAAGAAGGAAAAAGAACAAUAGAAAUCCUGAAUCUGUCUCUGCCAUGCAUGACCAUAUAGAUAACUCAGCCAGUACAGAGAUGUAUGAGUACCUCUAUGUAUAUUUACAUCACACAUUGUGCCACGGUAUAGCUCCCUGCUAAAAAAGCAGCUGGUUUCUUGUGAAUAA